UUCUUCUUCAUCAGUUCAGAGAACCACCGACAUAACUCCAGCAGCAACAGUCUCUUCCUUGGUGACAGGGACAAAAGCAACAGCAUAACGCCAAAAAUCUCCGAGACUUCAGUUUUCAAAACAGCAAUCAAUUCCCCUCCAAUAACGCACCUCCUCGCCACCCACCCGACAGAAUGGGGAACGCCUGUGGCCGUCGCACCAGGCACCGCCACGACACACGUCCACCAACCGUCCCUUUCCCCGAUAAAAUCGUCCCUCAAGCACCUCACAUCCCCCCACCUAAUUACGGCCCCGCCCCUCCAGAUCCACUCUCGACCCGGAACGGCCGCGUCAUGGGGUCUUUGCCGUACGCCCACGUCGACUCCGCCCUCCGGAGCCUCGCCGGCCAGGCGGAGGGGUUCGGCCGCUCCGCCGUCGGCGGCCUCCACGGCCCUCUCUACCGCGUCACCACUCUGGCCGAUGAUGGUCCAGGAUCACUUCGUGAUGGGUGUCGCAAAAAAGAACCCCUUUGGAUAGUUUUUGAAUUGUCGGGCUCAAUUCAUCUCUCGUCUUACUUGAAUGUGUCUUCCUAUAAGACCAUUGAUGGCCGUGGCCAAAGGAUAAAAAUCACUGGGAAAGGUUUGAGGUUGAAGGAAUCUGAACAUGUCAUCAUUUGCAAUCUAGAGUUCGAAGGCGGUAGAGGGCCGGAUGUUGAUGGCAUUCAAAUAAAGCCCAAUUCAAAGCACAUAUGGAUCGACCGUUGCAGUCUCCGUGAUUAUGAGGAUGGCCUUAUAGAUAUCACAAGGCAGAGCACAGAUAUCACCAUUUCAAGGUGUCACUUUUCAGCUCAUGACAAGACAAUGCUCAUUGGAGCAGAUCCUUCCCACGUUGAGGACCGAUGUAUAAGGGUGACCAUUCACCAUUGUUUUUUCGAUGGAACUCGACAACGGCAUCCCCGAGUGAGGUUUGCGAAAGUACAUCUGUACAACAAUUACACCAGGAAUUGGGGCAUAUAUGCUGUUUGUGCUAGUGUAGAAUCACAGAUAUUCUCCCAAUGCAAUAUCUAUGAAGCUGGUCAGAAGAAGCUGGCAUUCAAAUAUCUCACAGAAAAGGCUGCUGACAAGGAAGUCCUGGGCACUGGUCACAUAAGAUCUGAAGGGGACUUGUUCAUGGUGGGAACUCAACCAGGUCUAAUGACUGAUCAAGCCGAACACUGCGUGUUUCAUCCUAGCGAAUACUAUCCCACUUGGACGGUGGAACCUCCGACAGAUUCACUGAAGCAGGUUCUACAACAUUGCACAGGAUGGCAGAGUGUGCCUCUGCCGGUUGAUCAUGGAGUCGCUGCAUAGCGUGCCAACUAAAGCGCUACCUCACCGUGCUUCUUGUCUUAUAAAUAACAACGUUCCUUUCCUUACACCGCUGUAUAAGUUCAGGUCUAAAUUGCAGACAGAACUUUCUUCUCCUCGUAUAUACUUGUAGCAAUGACGUAAUUGUCGACUGGGGAUCAAGAUAAAAGGAUGGUGUCCACAAAUAUGUAGGCCUUGAUAUUUUGAUGCAAGCUGUUUCGUUUCUGAUCCACCAAUCGACGUACUUCGGUUUAGUGGAGUAAAAUGAAGGGUUUCUUGCAAGUAACAUCAGCGUCGCGGACCAAAUGAAGCGUCGUCAUGUAUACGAUGAAUCUUCAAGUG